GCGGACAUGACUGUUGAGCCUACUCGAUGCUUGCAGUCAGUGCUGGACGGUGAGCAAGGUUCUCCGGAUGGCUGCCCCACUGGUGAGAUCGCCAGGGUGAAUGCCUUUCAGGGCAUGCGCAUCACUCUUCUGGGUGACUCGGUUGGCCAGCUUGUCUUUCUUGGUAUGCAUGCUAUUGCUGCUGGGGCAAAGACGCCGGUCCCGAGGCUCAAGCCCAACAAGAACCGCGCGUUUGACGUGGCAGAGCUCAACGCCAAGCUCGAGUACGUCUACGCGCCAUAUCUGGAGGACAUCGAACGCGAGCUGCUGGCUCUGACGCUAGCACCGGCUGAGGAUGCCCCGCAUGUGGUCAUCUGCAACGUCGGCCUGCACGAUCUCCUUUAUCGUCCAAAGCUCGGCCGCAGCGAGCUGGCCGAUCGUGUUGAGGCGUUGCUGGUCACGCUGCGCACGGUGGCAGCACGGUGGGCAGCCAACGACAAGACGGGCCCGUCAUGGGGCCUCUGGUUUUCACACACCCCGCUGGUGGAUGCUGCACUUUCGGGUCCGCGUGUGGUCUCAACCAUCUUUCGCGACGAGCACAUCCAAAAGCUCAACGCCUUGGCGCGCAGCACCAUCACUAGCGGCGAGUACAAUCCACUCACUAGCGGGCUGCUCUAUCUUGACCUCCACACUCUGCUGAGUGCCGAGAGCAAGAAGCUUGCAAGCCAUGUCCCCGACGGCCUUCACUUUGACGCCGAAGUGGCGAUGAAGAUUGGCGGCGCACUGGUACAAACUCUUGCGGCGCGGCGUGUCAAGUCGGCGUCGAGCCAGGCUUUGUCACCAAAGACUGUCCAUCCAGAUUGGCGGCCGUCACGCUGGCUGGAGGCCGCUCAUGCUGUUGUAGUCCUCUAUCUGUAUCUCGGCAUCGCUCUCUGGCUCUAUGCCGAGUACCACGCUCUCCUGCACGCCCUCAGCACUUCGCCGUCCCCGUUCCGCGCCCUUGCUCCGACGUGGAUCCUGAGACUCUUGUACACGAACCAGGAACUGGCACAGUUGCAGCCAGAAGGCGGGACAGACAAAGUGGACAUGCCAGCAACAGGACCAAAGGCGGCUGAUGACGCCGAGGCCGGUACGACCAGUGGAGAAAACCUUGGUAUGCCGCCGGCGUUCAACACCAACAAUGCUUUCACCAAGGUCAAGGCCUAUCUGCAGAGCAAGGGCGGGCUUGACCUCGCGCGACAUGUCCUCUUCCUCAGCCUUGUGAUGCUGUACGCCGAUGCCGCCGACGGCGACCCUUCGAUCAAGCUCUGGCCGUCGGCGCCACGGCAGUACUCGCGCGAUCUGUUUGCCUUUCUCAACGUGGCGCUCGGCGCUGCGGCGCUGCUCACCAUCAAGCCUUCUUGGUCGACCAAGGGUGGUUGCGAGGCGGAUGCGGUCAUCCUCAACCGCGAGCAGACCGAGGAGUGGAAGGGGUGGAUGCAGGUGGUGUUUGUGCUCUACCACUACUUUGCUGCCAAGGAGACGUACAACAUGAUCCGGGUCUUCAUCGCGGCGUACGUUUGGAUGACAGGCUUUGGCAACUUUUCGUACUUUUACAUCCGCAAGGACUUCUCCAUGGUUCGGUUGACCAAGAUGAUGUUCCGCCUCAACUUCCUAGUCACUGUGGUGUGCUUCGGCCUGCAGCGGCAGUACAUGUUGUACUACGUCUGCGCCCUCCACACCUUUGCCUUUCUUCAGGUCUACGUCACGAUGUACAUCGGACACGCUUCGAACGAGUCGGUCGCGUUCAUGACAGGCAAGCUCUGUGCUCUUGUUGUCUUCAACUUUGUGCUCUUUGACAUUCCGGGUGUGUUUGAGGUUGUAUUUGCUCCGCUUGCGGGUUUGCUCUCGUACAACGGGUCGCUGCAUGAGUGGCACUUUCGCACGCAUCUUGACCACUACAUGGUGGUGCUGGGCAUGGCGAGCGCGUAUGUACAUCCGCAGGCUACCAAGAUCCUGGGCGCACUCAACGCGCAGCGGCCGGUGGUGCGACACACGACCAAGGCUGUGCUGGCCGCCGUCUGCCUCUGGAUCGGCUACCUUUGGUUUGUCCACAUCCUAGUCGCCAACGACAAGUACGCAUACAACGCACAACAUCCGUACACGGCGUGGCUUCCGAUCCUGCUCUUCAUUGUCCUCCGCAACAUGUUUACGAUCUUGCGCAACUGGCACAUGCAUCUGUUUGCCUGGCUGGGACGCAUCACGCUCGAGACCUACAUCCUUCAGCUUCACAUCUGGCUCUCGCACGACGCCAAGGCUGUCACCGUCUACAUUGACGGCUAUCCGCUCAUCAACUUUGUGCUUGCCACGCUGCUGUACGUUGCGGCUUCGUGGCUGGUGUUCAAGGCCACCGUGGCGCUGUCGGACGCACUCGUUCCGCGCGGUGCCGAACUCCACGAUGUCGCGGUCCGCAUCGCGUGGAGCGCGGGCUGUUUUGCCAUUCCAUGGAUCACACUGAUAUUAGUGGUGUGAGGCGGCACUCGACAGAGACAGACAACAACACAAAGACAUUAACGUA